GAGGGCGCGCGGCCCGGGCGGCGGGCGUGGGGUGGAGGAGCACCUUUCCCCGGCCAGCCCCGGGUCGCGGCCCCAUGGCGGAGGCCUGCCCUCGAACCCCUGCUUUCCAUCAGAAAGUGCAGUUGUUCCCCCCACUCCCAUGAUUUCGCAACUCCUGUGAUUUAACCACGGAUAUAAAAAUAGAAGGCUAGUUAAUGCAGCCGGGCUAGUUAAUAAAUCACAAAUUUGUGGCCUAAGUAUUAUAAUUAACCUUUAGAAUUUUACUCAAUCUGUCCUCGAGGGCAUACACUCCUAUCGAUAUCCUCCCAUCCUAAAGUCAGUUCAUGUUUGGUCUAUAUCACAAAAUUUAAAACAUAAUUAUUUAUUACCAUAUCUCACUUUGAAAAUUUUUUACUCCCGGGACAUUUUAAGCUUUUUGAGAGCUGAGGUUGAUCUUUAUUGCUUCUAUUGUGCCUAUGAUCUCUAACAUGUUUUUGGAACACAUGGAAAGAAGAAACUAUUCACACUCCUGAAGCACAGAACCCAGUUGUACUGAACUUUUGGCUAAACUGUUUUAGCCCAGAAUGGCUGUGGAAUCCAGAGGAGUGUCAAGUGGGAUACCUCAGGGACCAGAACUAAUACUAGUGAAAAUAGAAGAGGAUGUUUCCUGGGAUCCAAAAUUUAAACAGAAUGGGAGUACCCAAUCCUGCCAAGAAGAAUUUCGCCAACAAUUCAGAAAGCUUUGCUACCAGGAGACACCUGGGCCCCGGGAGGCUCUGGGCCGACUCCAGGAGCUUUGCCAUCAGUGGCUAAUGCCAGAGUUGCACACAAAGGAGCAGAUCCUAGAACUACUGGUCCUGGAGCAGUUUUUGAGCAUCCUGCCUGAGGAGCUGCAGAUCUGGGUUCAGCAACACAACCCAAAGAGUGGCGAGGAAGCUGUGACCCUGUUGGAGGAUUUGGAGAGGGAGUUUGAUGAUCCAGGGCAGCAGGUCCCAGCUAGUCUACAGGGAGCAGCAGUGCCAUGGAAGGAUUUAACAUGUCUUGGAGCAUCCCAAGAGUCAACAAACAUCCAGUUCCAGCCUUUAAAGACACAGCUGAAAUCCUGGAAACCUUGCCUUUCCCCUAAAAGUGAUUGUGAGAACAAUGGAACAGCAACAAAGGAGGACAUUUCAGGAGAAAAAUCACAGAGACCUCAUGGGGAACCUUCACUUGGAGGAGUUAGUAAGCAUGAAAGCAAUUUAGAGUGGAAGCAAGGAAGUGCUACAGGGGAGAAAUUAAGAAGAUCUCCUUCCCAAGGGGGCAGUUUUAGGCAAGUGAUCUUCACACACACAUCUCCAGGAAAGAGAACCCAUUAUGAUGAUUCUGAAAGAUGUUUGAUUCUAACUGCAAACUCUAUAACGUGUCAGAAAUUUCCUCCAGAAGAGAGACCUUAUAGAUGUGAUAUAUGUGGGCACAGCUUUAAGCAGUAUUCCUCUCUAACACAACAUCAAAGAAUCCAUACCGGAGAAAAGCCUUAUAAGUGUAACCAGUGUGGGAAGGCCUUUAGUUUGAGGUCAUACCUUAUUAUUCAUCAGAGAAUUCAUAGUGGUGAAAAAGCAUAUGAAUGUAGUGAAUGUGGGAAAGCCUUCAAUCAGAGCUCAGCCCUCAUUAGACAUCGGAAAAUCCAUACUGGUGAGAAAGCUUGUAAAUGUAAUGAGUGUGGCAAAGCAUUCAGCCAAAGUUCAUAUCUCAUUAUACAUCAAAGAAUUCACACUGGUGAGAAACCUUAUGAGUGUAAUGAGUGUGGGAAAACCUUUAGCCAGAGCUCAAAACUUAUUAGACACCAGCGAAUUCAUACAGGAGAAAGACCCUAUGAAUGUAACGAAUGUGGGAAAGCUUUCAGGCAGAGCUCAGAGCUCAUUACUCAUCAGAGAAUCCAUAGUGGCGAGAAACCCUACGAAUGCAAUGAAUGUGGAAAAGCCUUCAGUUUGAGUUCAAACCUUAUCAGACACCAGAGAAUUCAUAGUGGAGAGGAACCUUAUCGGUGUAAUGAAUGUGGCAAAACCUUCAAAAGGAGCUCAGCCCUUGUUCAGCAUCAGAGAAUUCAUUCUGGGGAUGAGGCUUAUAUAUGUAGUGAAUGUGGGAAGACAUUCAGGCACAGAUCGGUCCUUAUGCGUCACCAGAGAGUCCACACUGUAAAGUAACUUGUGAAUAUUGUAAAUACUUCAGAUUUUUAUCUUCACUAAUCAAAAAGGUUUACUUUAAAGGAAGACUCCAUAAAGGUUGUAAACUACCAGAUCUUGAGUCCAUCUGACUUGCUUUGUGUAGCAUUUCCCAAUGCCAGUGUAAAUUGCCCCUUGAAAGCUUUUCCUGUGACUGAUCAGAAUAGAAAAUAGGAGAAUCAUUACUUCCAGCUUUUCUCUUACCAUUAGGAAUACUCAGGAAAAAUGAAAAAUAGGAAUGUAACAUUGAAGCCUCAUUUUUUUAUGGGAAUAUCAUGAAAAGCCACCUAGGCUCUGCCACUAGUGCAUCUAAAUGUCACUGUAUCAGCUCAGAGGGAUGGUGUGGCUAGCACGAGGGACUUUGUCUUAGGAACUUGAAAUAUACUGACCCAAUAAAGAACAGUGACAGGACAGCAAGAAAGGAAGGAAAAUGAUUUCAUCAAUAAUUUGUUAAGCCCGGGGCAGGCUGGAAAUUAGACAGGCAUAAGAUAGAAUAUAAAUUAAUUUAUCUAACAGUUAUUUUUUGAGUACUUGCUUUGUGCCAGGGACUAGGGAUACAAUGGAAAACAAGAAAUAAUCUCUACAGUCUAAUGGACAAGGCAGUUGACAGUUUUGUGGUCAGUGCUGUGUGACUUUGAGCAUCCAACUUAACCUUGGAUGAGGAAAAUGGGGGAAAUGACCUAAAGAAUGAGUAGGACUUAGUCUGGGAUGUUGGGUAGGGAAGACUGUUCCCAGUAGAGGGAACAACAGACAAAAGCCAGAAAGAACAUGUGGUCCAUUCCUGUUGAGUUUUUGGUUUUUUUGUUUGUUUGUUUUUUGAAGUGAGGUCAUAUCUGUAAGAGAAGCACAGGUGUGGCCAGACUUAAAUACCACCUAUAGGAAAAUAUAUGCCAAUGGAGAAGUUUCUGUUAAUAAAAAACCUGGAGCCCUUAGACUACUAUACAGUGGUCAGGAGCUUUGCCUUGGUCAAUGUAACCCCAGGGAAAGGACUAAUGUUUCCUUGCCCAACCUGUAGACCAAGGGGUCCUCAAAAUUUUUAAAUGGGGGGCCAGUUCACUGUCCCUCAGACCAUUGGAGGGCCAGACUAUAGUUUAAAAAA